UAAAACAACUCCAUUUCAUCCACUUCAUUUACAUUGAAACUAUAUUAAUACAACCCUCUCUCUAAGAUCAAUUUCCCUUCAACCCAAAAAUUAAUGGCCAAUCCAACCAACACCAAUUUUCCACUCUCUUUCUUCUUCAUUCUCACUGCUCUAUCUUCUGCUGACUCAUCCAGAAUAAUCCUCAACCAAGUGGCCCCACAGCCUCUUGAUCAACUCAAAUCAGAUCUAUCUUUCUUCAUGCAUGACAUCCUAGGUGGGUCCCACCCAACUGCCAGAACUGUCACCGGAACCACACCCAACAAGGCGCAGCCCACCGCCGGCCUCCCGUUCUCCAAACCCAAAAAAUCCAUUUUUCCGCUCCCCGGUGGAGUACCACUCAUAAACACCAACAGAAAUUCAAACGGUGGAGGGACAAACAAUAACAACAAUAAUAACCAACCGUUUGUUACCGCCGGUCAGCUCCCGUCUGGCGCGGCCCUCCAGCACGUCAUGUUCGGCUCACUGACGACCAUCGACGACGAGUUAACGGAAGGUGAAGAGUUGGGAUCGGCUGUAAUGGGCAGAGGUCAAGGAUUCUAUUUUGUUAGCUCUUUGGACGGUUCUAGCCAUACCGUAGCAUUGACCGUCAUCUUACACCAAUAUGACGAAGAAGACAAGGAGAAGAAGGAUGAAGAUACAAUAAGCUUCUUUGGGGUCCACCGGAGAGGGUCGCCCGAGUCGCCGAUAGCGGUGGUUGGUGGGACCGGGAAGUAUGAGAAUGCUGGUGGGUUUGCGGUGAUCGAGAAUCUCCCGCGGAGGGACAAUCAAUACAUGACUGAUGGAGAUGAUAUGAUUGUUCACUUCAGAGUUUAUCUCUCCGAGUAG